AUGAGAAGUGGGGCUCGCAAACGAAGUGUGGAAGACUUCAAACGGUUGGGCGGAGGAGGAGAGGAAAUUACUCUCGGAGCUCCACUCCGUUCCUCCUCUCAAGAACCCAAUCGACGGAGACGGAAUGGUUAUGCUGAUGAUGGUCAUGCGGAAAUGAGACAAGAUCAUACUACUACUACUACUACCAGUAGCAGUAGCAGUAUCAGUGGUAGUAGUAAGAACACGUCCAACAACAGCAACAACAACAAUGACAACAACAAUGGCUUUUCCUUUGGAAGCCAUCAUCCGGCCAAAUGUUUGACCAGAGAAUUGCAAAAUUUGGAACCCAUUGGACAACAAGAAGUCACUCAAGAUAUUUACGGCAUUGAUGUUCCCAAUGCCAAGGCUUAUUUCAAUCAACAAGACUUUGAUGCUUUGCAACAAGAAAUCAACAACAUUCACGAAAACAAGGAGGCUUAUCUGCUAGCGGAAGAAAUGUCCUUUGACUUUGUCCACAACCCAAAGUUUCGAAUACUCUUUCUGAGAGCCGGAUUGGGAAAUUUCAAAAAGGCGGCCAAACGAUUGGUCCGCCAUUUCAAGACCAAACUCAACUUGUUCGGUCGAGACAAACUCGUUCAGGAAAUUACGCUCAAUGAUCUAAGCGAGGAUGAUUUGGAAGCUUUGCGUUCGGGUGGUUUCCAAGUCCUCCCCAAACCCGAUCGAGCGGGACGAUCCAUCUUGUUUGGAAGAUAUACUUGUUUCAAAUACAAGGAACCUGCCAAUAUGAUUCGCAGUUUGUGGUACCUCUGGAUGACCCUACUGGAAGAUGAAACCAAUCAAAUCAAGGGCGUCACGGCCGUGGGAUACGAAAUUGGGCGGUCGCCUCUGGAACGUUACGAUCACGACAUGCAGAGUGGUGGCGACUUUACCUUUGAAAUGUCCUCCCACGGACACGGAGGAUUCGACCGCGACUUGGCCAAGCAAAUUACCACCAUUCCCUUGAGCGUCCCCGUCCGACCCGUGGGGUAUCAUUUAUGUGCCGAUUCCGAUCAAUGGGUUGCCACAUUGAACAUGGUGGUGGCCACCAUUUGCAAAUUCAUGCGCUUGCGGAUGCGACUCCAUCAUGGGAGCGAUCAAGAAUGCAAAUAUCAGCUCAUGACGCAUGGGAUUCCGGCCGAUUUGAUUCCCGUGGAACCGGAUGGGUCGGUCAACCUUGACAAUCAUUGGGAAUGGAUCGAACAGCGAAGGGUAUUGGAAGCCCAACGGACAAAUACUAUUGUUGAUGGCAACUACAAUGAUAACCACUAUCAUGACAAUGACAGCGAUGUGCAAAUGAGUAUGAAUAUGAAUAUGAAUAUCGGUCUGAGUCUGUGA